UUAUUUAGGAUGAAUUAAUUUCGUAUUUACGCAAAAUAAUGUUUAGGCUUGCGACAAAAUCUUGAAAACAUCGAACUGCUAUUAUCUGCAAGUUCAUCGGAAUCUCCGAUGGAGUCAAUCUUCAAUUCACUCUGUAAUGGAAAAGUGGACCCCACUCGCAAACUCCACUUCUCUUCUUUGUUAUUUAUAUAUUUACCUCUUUUUUUCCAUUAAAACUGAGCUAGGGAAACAUCCGUUUGACAUAUGGCGGUAAGUGUUUGAUAAAAUGCCUACGUCAUCUUCUUGUUCAUUAUUUAAAUUAUUAGUAUUUAUUAGAAUCAUCUUUUUUUUUCUUUAAUUUUCAAAUGACUCAUCUGCAGCAGCGAUCGCAUGUUCCGAAGUUCGGAAACUGGGAAGGCGGCGACAACGUACCUUACACAGCCUACUUUGAGAAUGCACGUAAGGAAAAAUCGGAUGGCGUUCGUAUAAACCCUAACGACCCGGAGCAAAACCCGGGGGCAUUUACUAUUAGAGCACCGCCAAAUUACGUUCAUCGGACCAUGGGUAAUUCGGAAAGUUAUUCAAGCAGUACGACUGAGAGAAGUCCCUCCGAUAAUUCGGUGGUUAAAACGAACCGCCACCGAAGAAAAUAUACGAGUGAUGAUGUUUCAGUUAAAUCGGUUUCUGUUCCGAAAUUUGGUGAAUGGGAUGAGAAAGAUCCGAGAUCAGCGGAGGGCUUUACGGUCAUUUUCAAUAAAGUGAAGGAGGAAAAACAGAUUGCAGCUUCUAAGUUCCCUCCUGUGCCAAUACAGACUAUCAACGACAACUGUCGGACUAGCCAGAAAAACGAGAGUAGAAAAAUACGCAAAUUUUGCUGCCUGUUUUGAAGAGCAAAAAAACAUCCUGCUGUCAAAUACUGUUUUACUAUAUAAGUUUAUCUUGUAUGUGAAUCACUUGUUACACAUAAUGAAUCUAUUACUGCAAUGGAUUUCGAAUCAAU